AUGGUCAAGUUUUCACACGGGUGCUGGCAUCCGGCCCCAGACACAAUCAUUGAUUGGGCAGUCGAGACGGUGAAGGCCACAGCGAGAGAGGACUCGUUAUAUUUCGUCACAGCAUCGAAACCGAUCAGCUUUCGUGGUGACACACUCAACAACCCGACCUUGACACACCACCUCAGCUCGCCCAUUGAUAAUGUGUUAUAUCUUUCAUCCACGCACUGGAGGCAGCAAAAGAGCGUAACUCAGGCACCCAACUUCGAGCUGUUUCCACGAGGUCAAGAUACACACUCUGCACCUAUUAAGACAACCAAGACCGACGAAGCUUUGACGUUCAGUGUUGGAGAGCUCAAUGCCACGGUCAACACGCAACCGAAAGCAUUCGAUCUCAGCUUUCGACACAAGCAGAAACAACUAACGAGAUUGGGAUGGCGGUCCAUCGGCUACGUCAAAGCGGGCACAACAGCUCUACAUCCCAAAGCCAACUACACAGACCCCAACAAGGGCAGGCGAUGGGUAACUUACCAAUUGCAGCUUGGGGUUGGCGACAAAGUAUACGGCCUGGGUGAGCGCUUCGGCCCAUUUGCAAAGAAUGGCCAGACGAUCGAAAUGUGGAACGACGAUGGCGGCACCGGCUCUGAGCUCACUUACAAAAACAUCCCUUUCUUCAUCACCUCUGCCGGCUACGGCGUCUUCAUUCCAACAUCUAGUUUCGUCUCGCUGGAAAUACAAUCUGAACGCACAACACGGGUCAACAUCGCUGUUCCGGGAGAAACUCUAUCCCUCUAUCUAAUCUAUGGCGCCACGCCCAAAGACAUCUUAUCCAACUAUUCAAAGAUCACUGGCGUACCUGCUCUCCCACCAGCGUGGACCUUCGGCCUCUGGCUCAGCACAUCCUUCACCACCAAUUACGACGAAAGCACCGUCACUUCCUUCCUUGACGGUAUGAAAGAGCGCCAGAUCCCCGUCAGCGUCUUCCACUUCGACUGCUUUUGGAUGCCCGGUUUCGAAUGGUGUGACUACGAAUUCGACAAGGACUACUUCCCCGACGCCGCAGGCCAGCUCCGCCGCAUGAAAGAGAAAGGAAUCCGUAUCUGCGUAUGGAUCAAUCCGUACAUCGCACAGGAGAGCUCCAUCUUCGACGAGGCGGCAGAGAAGGGGUACUUCAUCAAGCGUGGCGACGGUAGCGUAUGGCAAUACGACUUCUGGCAAGCGGGCAUGGGUUUUGUCGAUUUCACUAAUCCGGAUGCGUGCAAAUGGUAUCAGGAUAAGCUGCAGAAACUCGUGGACAUGGGUGUGGAUUCUUUCAAGACGGACUUUGGAGAACGCAUACCAACGGGCGAUACGGUGUACUUCGAUGGCUCCGAUCCAGCGAAGAUGCACAAUUACUAUGCGUACUUGUACAACAAGGUAACGUUUGAGGUGCUGGAGAAGAACUAUGGGAAGAAUAAAGCUGCUUUGUUUGCAAGGUCUGCAACGGCAGGAUGCCAGCAGUUUCCCGUGCAUUGGGGCGGUGAUCCGUAUUCUACGUUCGAGGCUAUGGCUGAGACGCUAAGGGGUGGAUUGUCGCUGGCGCUGAGUGGCUUUGGGUACUGGGCGCACGAUAUUGGAGGUUUCGAGGGGAAGCCGGAUCCCGCACUCUUCAAGCGGUGGAUCGCGUUUGGGCUGUUUUCGUCUCAUUCGAGAUUACACGGGAGCGCUUCAUUCAGAGUCCCAUGGCUGAUCGACUCGACCGAAGAAGCCUCCAAAGUCCUCAAGCACUUCGUCAGCAUCAAACACCAACUCAUGCCCUACCUCUACUCGCAAGCCAUCAUCACUCACAGAACAGGUAUCCCCAUGCUCCGAGCGAUGUUCCUCGAGUUUCCUCAAGAUCCGGCUAUCUGGUAUCUCGACCAGCAAUACAUGCUCGGCGACAGCCUCCUCAUAGCGCCUGUUUUUAGCGAAGACAGCACCGUCACGUAUUACCUUCCUAAAGGCGAGUGGUGCGGCAUCCUUGACCAAAAGAUACGCACUGGCCCAGGCUAUGUGACGGAAGAAUUUGACUUUUAUGGCUUGCCAGCGUUACUGAGGCCUGGUAGCGCUAUUGUUAUGGGCAAGGGCGGUGAGAAGGUGGAGUAUGAUUGGGCGGAUAGCAUGAAGGUUCUAGUCAAUGUAGAAGAGGGCAUGGAUACUACUGUUGAUGUGCCGAGCCACGAGCAGUUGGGCGAGAAGGCGCUUUCUCUCAAGGUCACAGCAUCCGGGUCGAGAGUUUCUGUUGAGGUUGUCCACGGAACGAGCAACAGCGCCUGGAAAGUAGUGGUUAUGAACAGGAAGGUCAGCAGCGCGGAUGGCGGCGAAGUGUCGAGCGAGGGCGAGGUGUCGGUCGCUGCGGGCGCUGCGAAGGUCGCCAUGAGCUGGUAA